AUGAAGUCUCUCAGUAAUGAUAACAACAACAACAACUGCAGCCAGAACUGGUUGGGUUUUUCUUUGUCUCCUCAAAUGAACAAUAUGGAGGAAGGCACAACUGACCAUCAUCAUCCUCAACCUCUGCAUUGUACUACUCAUAAUAAUGCAGUUUCUUCUAGUUCAGUCCAGUUAAGCUUUUCGCAUCCAUCUCCUCAUUUUAACUACUCUGGGAUUUACUGUGGAAUGGAAGGUGACAACCAUGCUGAAGCUGGAUUCUACCCAUCACUGACUGUGAUGCCACUCAAGUCUGAUGGUUCAUUGUGCAUAAUGGAGGCCAUGAAUAGGUCUCAACCACAAGGUAUGGCUAGUAGUAGUUCAACUUCAACUCCAAAGCUUGAAAAUUUCUUCGGGGGAACAACAAUGGGGACCCAUCAUUAUGAAGCAGCAGCAGCAGCAGCUGGUGAAAGAGGAGGGCCUAAUGCAAUGGCUCUCAGCCUUGACAGCAUGUACUACCAUCAAACUCUGAACCAUCAUCACGAGCCCAACAGUCAAGAUUUCUUCAACAGCUCCAGGCAACAUCAAAUUCAGGUUCAACAAUAUGCAGGGUACUCUGCAUUCAGAGGCAACAAUGGAUUUCACCAGACUUCACAGGAUCAGGGAAACAAGGAAGCUGAGCCUGGUGCACCGACCAAUCUUGCGCUGCCGGCUUUGCCGAAUAAUGACCCUUCUGGAUUGAAGAAUUGGGGGCCGAGGAACUACUUAACUGAUCAGGGGAGUUUGGAGCAGAAGUUGAUUGGAUGCAUAGUGGAAAAUGGUGGGGAAUCUGGUUGCAUUAGUGCUGCAAUUGGGUAUGGAGAUUUGCAGUCUCUGAGCUUGUCAAUGAGCCCGGGUUCCCAAUCUAGUUGUGUUACUGGUUCACAUUCCCAGCAAAUUUCUCCCACCGUGACCGAGUGUGUGGCUACUGAGAACAAGAAACGAGGGCCUGAAAAGUCCGAUCAGAAGCAAAUUGUUCACAGGAAGUCUAUUGAUACAUUUGGGCAGAGAACCUCACAAUACAGAGGUGUAACAAGGCACAGAUGGACUGGAAGAUAUGAAGCUCAUCUCUGGGACAACAGCUGUAAAAAAGAAGGGCAGAGCAGAAAAGGAAGGCAAGGUGGUUAUGAUAUGGAAGAAAAAGCUGCGAGGGCUUAUGAUUUGGCAGCUCUCAAGUAUUGGGGUCCUUCGACUCACAUCAACUUCCCUCUGGAAAACUACCAACAAGAAGUCGAAGAAAUGAAGAACAUGUCAAGGCAAGAAUAUGUUGCUCACUUGAGGAGGAAAAGCAGUGGAUUUUCAAGAGGAGCUUCCAUUUACAGAGGAGUUACGAGACAUCAUCAACAUGGUCGAUGGCAAGCUAGGAUUGGCAGAGUGGCCGGAAACAAAGACCUUUACUUGGGAACAUUCACCACGCAAGAGGAAGCUGCAGAGGCUUAUGAUGUAGCCGCAAUCAAGUUUCGAGGCGUAAAUGCUGUAACCAAUUUCGACAUAUCUAGGUAUGAUGUAGAAAGGAUCAUGGCAAGCAAUACCCUUCUUGCAGGUGAUCUGGCGCGCCGGAAUAAAAACCUAGAAUCGAGUAAUAAUGAGAUAUCAGUUCAUGAGAACCCUUCGAAUCCCAACCCGAAAGAGGAAGCAGCCAAUGUGACAAGGGAAAACAAUGACAAUGCAUUGGAUUGGAGUAUGGCACUUCAUCAGUUUUCUCAGCCUCUUCAAAAGCCAAAUCCUCUGGUUGAAGGUUUCAGGACUUCUUCAAACAAUUACCCUAUGGCCAUCAAUGCAUUGAUGGGAAUAGAAACACUUGAUCAUCACAAUGCUCAUCAUCAUCAUCAGCAAGAGUUUGCUGCAGGAUCAGGCAAAAUGAUUGCUCACUUUUCGGAAGCCUCUUCGCUAGUGACGAGCGUGAGCUGUUCCAGAGAAGGCAGCCCUGAUAAAAACAAUAAUCUCCAAGUGCAUUUCGCAAUGCCUCAAGCAGCCAUAGCAUCAUCUUCCUCCAAUUCCAAGUUGCACUCGGCUCGUUCGCCUCCUCAUUUGCCGAAUUCUUGGAUUUCAACAGCUCAGCUGAGGCCUCAUGUUCCUAUUUUUGCUUCAUGGACAGAUGCAUCAUGA